AUGCUGCUGGUCAGACUGGCGCUGCUCCUGCUGCUCCUGCUGCUCCUCUCCAGCACGUGGCUGCUGCGCUCCGACGCGCUCCGCCGGGACAAGCGCGCCCUGGCGCGGCGGGCGGACCGGGAGCUCUCCAGGCUGGCAGGUGAACCCUGCACCGUCUCCGGAGUCUGGAGGUCCCGGCGGCAGCCCGGACCCCUGUCCCCGUCCCAACACCGCCCUCCAGCGGCCCGUCCGGGGACGCACACCAGCCGGAGAGCAGAGCUGGACACUGUGAGGAGCGCAGCGGGCUGUGCGGGACGCUGCGGGGCGGACACCGGGGCGCACCGGGACCAGAGCCGGGACCAGAGCCGGGACCAGAGCCGGGACCAGAGCCGGGAGGAGAGCCCGGGCUGGGCCGGGGGACAGGCACCGGGGGCCCGGGGCCAGUAUGUGACGGUGCCCGGACUGCUUUUAGAGAAAGGCUCCCCAGCAGAGAGCCGAGAGGCGGACUAUGGGAGGGAGAACACCACCCAGCAGCCCGGGGACACCGCCUCCUCCCCGGCCUCAGGACGCUCCAGGUCCCGGUCCCCCCGCAGCCUCGGGGCCACGCUCCUCUACGAGGAGGACGGCAACUCCAGCUGGGACCAGGUCUCCUCCACGGACUCCAGAGGGCUCCGGGUCCUGCACAGGCUGCAGCAGCAGGAUGGAGACCCGCAGCAGUCCUCCACCGGGAGCCCGGAGGACUACUCCGGAGAGCUGCAGGACGGGGAUCCGGCAGCGGGUCUGGCCGCAGGGAGCUCCUCUCCCUGGGGGAGCCCCGUGCCCAGGGUGCCCCCCUCCUGGAUGACCGCCCUCUACUUCAGCGGGCGGAGGGAGCGGCUGCAGGUGAAGCCGGACGCAGGUCUGGAGCUGCCCCGGGACCAGUUCAGCCUGGAGCUCUGGGUGAAGCCGGAGGGGGGCCAGAGCAGCCCGGCGGUCAUAGCAGGUGUGUUUGACAACUGUUCCCACUCUCUGAGUGAGAAGGGCUGGUCGGUUGGGAUCCGGACUCUGGAACCAUCUGGAGCCAAAGACGCCCGGUUCUAUUUCACGCUGAGAACGGACCGAGCCCUGAAGUCCACCAGCGUCUACAGCCACCAGAGGUACCGCGCCAACGCCUGGACGCACCUGAUGGCCACCUACAACGGACACAACAUGACCCUGUAUGUUGAUGGAGCUAAGGUGGGAGAGAGCAGUCUCCAGUCAGGAAACCUCUACAGUCCCUUCAUGAAGACGUGCAGGACCCUCUUCCUGGGCAGUAACCAGUCCGACCAGGGGCCCAGCUUCAGGGGCCACGUGGCCGGACUGGUUCUGUGGGGCUCCGCUCGCUCCCAGCAGGACCUGCUGCAGAGACCGCUGCAGAGCCACCAGGACCAGCAGGACCAGCAGGACCAGCAGAGCCACCAGGACCAGCCGCUGCUCGCCAUGUGGGCCGACUUCACCAACGUGGAGGAUCUGUGGACUCCAUCUAAAGCGGGCCUCCACCCGACCGUCCUGACCACUCCGGUCCCUGAACCAGAGCUUGUGUCCCCCUUCCUGCCCCCCCCCUGCGGUCUGACAGCCUGCGACAACACCGACAUCAUCUCCGGCUACAACAGCGACUGGCAGCUCCGCACCAACAAACGGGUCCGCUACCGCAUCGUGAACCUGUCGGAGGACGAUGGGGGGAACCCCACGGUGAGCCCGGCCCAGAUCCGGCUGCAGCACCGGGCCCUGACGGAGGCCUUCAGCCCCUACAACAUCAGCCUGGAGCUCAGCCUGCUGCCCGUCAGGAACUCCAGCUACCGCCAGCGCUUCAUCCUCAGCAACUGCCGCAUCGGCAAGAUCGGGAACCGCCACUGUGACCCCGAGUGUGACCACCCCAGGACGGGCCACGACGGGGGGGACUGCCUGAGGCUGGGGCCCUGCUACAGCUGGAAGAGGCAGGACGGGGUCUGCAACACCGAGUGUAACAGCAUCCACUACGACUACGACGACGGAGACUGCUGCGACCCCGAGGUCACCGACGUCCUCAAGACCUGCUUCGACCCCGAGUCCCCCGACAGAGCCUAUAUGAGCGUGAAGGAGCUGAAGGAGGAGCUACAGCUGAGCGGCUCCGACACGCUCAACGUUUUCUUUGCCAGCAACUCAGUCCGUGAGGAGUUGGCAGGAGCUGCAACGUGGCCGUGGGCCAAGGAGGCUCUAACCCACCAAGGUGGGAUGGUGCUGAACCCGUCCUACUUCGGUACCGUGGGCCACCACAACACCAUGAUCCACGAGAUGGGCCACAUCUUUGGACUGUACCACGUCUUCAAGGGGGUGAGCGAGAGGGACUCCUGUGAUGACCCGUGUCAGGAGACCACUCCGUCUAUGGAGACCGGAGAUCUGUGUGCUGACACGGCACCAACACCCAAAUCUAAAGCCUGCCACGACCCCGGAGCCGUCAACGACUCCUGUGGAGUUACUACGUACCAAGACACACCGUACAGCAACUACAUGAGUUACACAGAUGACAACUGCACCAACCAUUUCACUCCCAACCAAGUGGCUCGGAUGCAUUGUUACCUGGACCUGGUGUACCAGGAAUGGCUGAGGGACCAGCAGCCGGCCCCCAUCCCUCUGGCCCCCAUAGUGACGGACCAGAGUCCAGAUUCUGUCUCUAUCUACUGGUUGCCACCAAUCAGAGGACCACUUUAUCAGAGCUCUGACCUCGUCCUGACUGGGAUCCACUGUGGCGACUGUGAGAAAGACGGUGUUUUCCACCAGUUUGCCUCUGAGGCCACCUCACCUCGAAUCUGUGACACGUCGGGCUACUGGACCCCCGAGGAGGCAGUCGGUCCUCCUGACGUGGAGCAGCCCUGUGAGCCCAGCCUGCAGGCCUGGAGUCCUGAACUCAGCCUCUACGACACCAACGUGACCUCACCGUGUCCCGACACCGAGGGCUGCACCCUGACGCUGCGCUUCCUGCACCCGGUGGUCCCCCAGAGACUCACGCUCUGGGUCACAUACAUCUCCUCCAACAACCCGUCCAUCGCCAACAUCGAGCUGAUCACGGCGUCGGGGCGGAGCAUCAACCUCGGUCCGCAGCACGUCUUCUGCGACAUGCCGCUCACGCUGCGGCUGGACGCCCACAACGCCGCCAUCGCCGCCAUUAAACUCUGCACCUUCGAUGAGAAGAUGGAGAUCGACGCGGCCAUGUUGUCUUCGGGCCCCGGCAGCCCUCUGUGCUCCUCCUGCCGGCCCCUGGUCUACAGGGUCCACAGGCUGCCCCCCUUCACCGGGAAGACCCCCCCACCUCAGAGCCAGCACACCUUCACCGACAGCUCUGUAGUCCAGGGAGUAGAGUACCAGUACACGGUCCAGGUGGAAGCCGGUGGUCUCCUCAGCGACCCCUCCUCUCCUCUCAUCUACUCCCAUGGGCAGCCCUACUGUGGAGACGGCCUCAUACAAGGGACAGAAGAAUGUGACGACAGUAAUCUGUUGGAUGCUGACGGCUGCUCCAAGAAAUGCCUCAAGGAGACCGGCUUCAACUGCAACGGUGAACCCAGCCAGUGUUAUGUGUUUGACGGUGACGGAGUGUGUGAGGAGUUCGAGCGCUCCUCCAGCGUUCAGGACUGCGGUUACUUCACACCGUUGGGCUACACGGACCAGUGGGCCGCCACCGCCACCGCCUCCCACCAGGAUCCCGACCACUGCCCCGCCCACGCCGCCACGGGGGAACCAGCGCUCGCUAAGCUGUGCAGGUACCAGCAGCUGGAGGUGAGUGAGAAGCUGCCGUCAGACGCCUGGUUCCCCUGCACGGCCCAGUCCGACUCCAGCAACCACCUGGAGCACUCCUUCUGGCUAAAGGUGGGGUUCGUCCAUCCUGGCGUGGCUGCCUCCGUCAUGGUGUACCUGGCCUCAGACGGCUCCUGGUCUGGGGAGCAGUGUCGGAGGACGGCCACCAUCCUGCUGUCGGACACCACCGGCAAGAACCACUCACUAGGAACACAUGACCUCUCGUGUCACAGGAACCCGCUGGUGGUGAACGUGACCCAUGACCUGUCCCGCCCCUUCUUCAUCACGGCCUCCGUCAUCCUCCUCUUCUCCUCCCCCCUGGUGGCAGUGGGAGGCGUGGCCCUCAGGACCUCCUGCCACUUCAGCACCUUCGCCCUGACCGGGUGUUUGCGCCAGCCGUGUCAGAUGGACAGCUGCAGCCCUCCCCAGCUAGAGCACGCCUCGGUCAGGUGUACAGGAGGAGGGGAGUCCUCUCGCUGCUCUGUUCAGUGUCAUCGUGGCUUCAGCAUCAGCGUCCUCAACAGCCGGGGGACCCUCCCCCACCAGAGAGAAACAGAAGUGGAGUGUUUCCACGGCUCGUGGGAUCGUGUGGUCAGCUGUCAGCCGGUGGACUGCGGCCAGCCGGACCAGUCUCACAUCUACCACGCCAUCUUCAGCUGCCCCCGGGGCACCACCUUCAGCAAACAGUGCUCCUUCACCUGUGGAUCACCAGCCAUACUACAAGGAGACAGCGACCGGCUGGUGUGUCUGGAGGACGGGCUCUGGUCCUUCCCGGAGGCCUACUGUAAGAUCGAGUGUCCCGAGGUCCCGAGCAUCAGGGACGCCAGGCUGCUGACGGCUGACUGUCUCAGCUCAGGACACGACGUGGGCUCCGUCUGCCGCUACAGGUGCAACCAGGGCUUCUACGUCACCGGCAGCCUCAGGAACAAGACGCCCAGGAAGUCGUUCAGGCUGGAGUGCCAGGAGGGGGGUCAGUGGGAGGAGUCUAGCUGUGAGCCGGUGUGGUGCCCCGCCCUCCCUGACGUCUUCCAGGGCAUGUACUCCUGCACCAACGGCCUCUACUACCACUCCCUCUGCACCAUGCACUGCCCCGACGCCCCCCAGCACCAGCAGAUCGUGUGCAGUAAGGAUGGAGAAUGGUCUGGAGAGUUCUCCAUGUGCUCCAGGCUGCAGGGUUCCUGUUCUGCUCCUCCUCCUCUUCACUCUGUAGAGUUCAGCUGUGAUCAGGGGACAGACGUUGGUGCUGUUUGUUACCCAACAUGCAUUGUGGCUCUGGACAUGGACCUGCGGGACCCCGUGGUCCUGCCCAACGGCACUACGGUCGACACGCUGCAGCACUGGAUGAAACCCACCAGAGUCCAGAGCAUAGUCUGCACAGGGAUGAUGAAGUGGUACCCUGACCCCCAACACAUCCAUUGCAUCCAGUCAUGUGAGCCUUUUGGAGGAGACGGCUGGUGUGACACCAUCAACAACCGGGCCUACUGCCAGUACGACGGAGGAGACUGCUGCCCGUCCACGCUCUCCACCAGAAAGGUGAUCCAGUUUGGGGCCGACUGCGACCAGGACGAGUGCACCUGCCGUGAUCCAGACGCCGAGGAGAAUAAAAACAAAGCCAAGUCAUUGGAUGCAGGAGGAGGAGGAGGAGGAGGAGCAGGAGGAGGAGGA